CUGAAGGAUGCUUUAUCGUGCGGAUCGCCCACUUUUUUCAACUUUGAACUUGAGUUUUGUUUUGUCGUAAAAGGUAGAGUUUUAGAAGAAAAAAACAAAGUGAAGGAAUGAAAAGUGCAAAAUAGGUACUUUGCUACUUUAAACUAAACAACUCUUACAAGCUCACUGAAAAUUUUCGGUGAUUUUAAAAAUAAAAGAAUCACGUAGGCCAUCUCAAAUUGUGAUUUGUUGCGCAUUGCGCGUUCAAAGUUCAAAAAGAUAAAUCUAUUGAGUCGCACAAUCGCCAUCUAAUCUUGAAAUAAAAUACCUAAUUUAAAAAAAAUAAUAAUUAAUUAAAUCUAAGUGUUGUCAGCGGUAUAUAGUCAUUAAACUGAAUUAUACUUACGUAUUAGUUUCAACAAUAAUGUUACAUUAUGGAUGUGGACAAAAUCAAUCGAACUUUGCUUGUUAAAACGUUAAAUUUUCACGGUGUUCAACUGCAAAAAAUAUUCGAAGCCGAAUAUCAAAAUUUUUCUCACCUAAAGAUAUUUGGUAAUCUACAUUUUAACGAAUAUGCUGCUCGUCAGAAACAACUGAGUUUCCAAGAUCGUGGUAAACGAUUCCGAUUGCAGCAAUUCAUUUGCAGAAAUGCCAAUCAAAUAUUCGACAGACAUGUCAAACCAAUACGCAAAGAUCGUAGAACUCGUACACUGGACACUGGAUAUUUUCCUGUUUUGCCUCCUUACGAGUCGUUCUUAUCUAUAGAUAAACACCCACGUUGGGAACGAUUUUUCGAAUAUGUAAAUCAAGGAGACAUUAUAGUAGCUUCAGUAUUGAGUAAAACAGCUGCUGGUAUGAUAUUAAAAGUAUUAUUUGGAGAAAGCGAUGAAAUCAGAUGUGUGCCAGAUGUCGGAAUCAAAGCGUUCUGUCCGGCAUCAUCCUUAAUCGCAGCUGCUGAUAAGAAAACCAAUAUUAGUAGAGCGUUUUUAAUCAAUGAUAUUGUAUGUUGUGAAAUUGUGGAACUUAACGUUGAUACUGGAAAGAUUACUUGUGGCAUGAAGGGCGUACAUUGCAGUCCAGAGAAUCAACUUCGACUAGGAUUAAUGCAUUCGGAUGAUUUUCCAGUUGAAUAUAGAGUUUAUCAAGAUAAAAAAGAUAACGCUCUAUUCAACGUUUUAUUAGAAAAAUCGGAAAGCUUUCAAAACCCUAAUGUAGUAAAUAAUCUAAUGAUGCAUUUAGGAAUACCCAACGAACUGUACACUCACAUGGAUUACCUGAAGGAGAAGUUUCCAGCGAAAGAUUGCGCAGUCGAAUUACGCAUAGCUCAAGCAGCCAAAUGGGCUAUUCAAAGCGUAGCCGACGGUGUCGAACAUUUCAAAUGUGGACGGCUAUCUGAAGCAUAUCAAUGUCUAAAUAAAGCUUUAAGUAUCGACCCUAGAAAUGUCGAAGCGCUGGUGGCUCGAGGCGCUUUAUAUGCCAACAGUAGUAAUUACGAAAAAGCUAUUAUCGAUUUUGAAAAUGCGCUAAAAUUUAAUCCAAAUCAUCAGAAUGCUAAAAAGUAUCUCGGAGAUACGCUGGUCGCUUUUGGGAGAGCAUUCGAAGAAAAUGGCAGAUUUACCGAAGCCAUCAACGCCUAUGAAACCUGCUUGACGAUUAUUCCCAAUCACGAAGAAGCCAGUAAUUCGUUACAGUUUAUUAGAAAGAAACUUUUAGCUUCAUCGAAGAAAGAAAACGUCGAAGAGUUCGUAGAAACGAGUAAAAUUCAAGGUACUAACAGCAAGUUGAACCAGUUGCUCACUCAAGAUGAUGAUGUAAUCCCAAUUACCCGAGAAGUUAAGAAAUCCAAGUCUAAAAGACGAGACUCGUCCAGUAGUAGUUCCUCGUCAUCUUCAGACUCAUCCAGUGAUUCUAGCGACUCCAGUUCUAGCUCAAGUUCGUCAUCCAGGUCAAAAAAGAAGAAAAGUAAAAAAUCUAAGAAAGAACCUUCACUGUCGCCUUUGAGCAAAAGAAUGAUUCAAAUGGAAAAUGCCGGCUUUAAACAAGCUGGUUCAAGUUAUCAAGCGUGGGGUAUGAGUAUUGAAAACGAAUACGAAUUGAGAGUUCGCAAGUUCCUUGAAGAAACCAAAAGAGAUGAAGAUUAUGAAGAUAAAGUACGAAAGUUUUUGGACGAAACUGCCAAAUGGAAAAAGAAGCAAAAAAUCAAAGAAGAGAAAAGUAAGCGAAAGAAGAAAGUGAAGAAGCUUAAAACUAAAAAAAAGAAAAGAGAAACCAAAAAGAAAAAAAGGCGUAAGCAUAGAUCUGAAUCUGUGAACGAAGGUGAACUUGUGUUACAAGAAAAUUCCUCUGGAUUAAGUACUUUGAAAGACUUGGAAGACUUGCAAAGUAAAUUGUCGGCGUAUUAUUCGAAAGUAGAGAAGAGUACUACGAAAAGCGGUAAAAAAGAGAAGCACACCAAUGAUAAGAAAAAUCAGUCGUCUAAACGUAAAAGUAGUUCAGAAGAUAUUGAAGAAAUCGUACCGGAACCUAGUGAGAAAAUUCGACGCCCUGUUGAAAUUAAGGAGCCAGAACCAUAUGUAAACGAAGAUUACACCGCAGUCGAGCCUCAAAAACCCGAAUCAAACGCUUAUAGAUUUAAAAUGCAACUGAACACCGUCACAAACAAAGUCAAACGACGCAGUAGCGAAGAUCCUCUAUGGGGAGAAGAUCAAACACAGCCGGAACCAGCUGACGAACCUUCUACAUCCAAACCAACCUCGAAAUCUCGAUUUGAUCCGAUCAUGGAUCCUUCGGUAUCAUCAGUCAAACGUUCCAGGUCGCCUCCUGUAUUAGAUAAACUAGGCAGUUUUCUGAUCAAAAAGAGAACUUCUGCUUCGCCGAAACGCGACUCGUACCAGCGUCGUAGAUCUUUUUCAAGGAGCCUUUCGAGAACAAGGGAAUCGCCUCGUAGAAAUACUAGGUAUCGUCCAUCUCCUCAUCGUAGUUCAUCCAGAAGACGAUACAGUCGAUCUCGUAGCCGAAGUGGUUCGUAUUCGCGGUCAAGAAACUCCAGGUAUUCCAGGUCCCGAUCUAGAUCUCCGUAUUAUAAAGAUCGCGAUUAUAAUUACAGAAGUCGAAAUAGCGGCACGUACUAUAAACCAAGGGCGCAAAACUAUCAGGGAGAUUAUCGAGAUGAUAACUGGAAGAGUAAUCGUUCAGGAGAAUACAGUUCUAGAUAUCGAGAUGGUCGAGACGAUAGAGAUUAUACUCGUAGAAGAAGAAACGAUAGCACGGAUCGUGCCCCUUCGAACGAAGAAUCCAAGGAUACCCGAAGAGAUCCUGGUAACGAAGGUAAGAAUCGAGAAACGUCUUACGAAAAACAUGGUGAUAAUCGCUCAGAUCUUAAAAAUAAGUCGGAUCGAAGUGAUCGUCGUAAAAGUGUAGAUCGUACCGCCGAGUGAAUUUUGUUUCCUACGAAGAUCCUCCUGAUCAGAAAUUUUUUUUUCACAUUUUUCUUUUCUUCUCUUGUUCGAAGUAUGUUUUGAUGUAUGCCUUAAUUUAUUAUUUUGUAUGUAUUUUAUGACGUUCAUCUUAAGUACAUUCUUAUUUUUUUGAAUUAACUCGAAUCGUUGCUUGUAAAUAAUAUUUUUCACGUGGGA